AGAAGCUUCGAGGACUUACUUACUUGAAAUGCCUACGACAAAGAGGAGGCACUAGUAUCACUAGAAGAUCAUCAACCAGCGCAACCGCAUACUAAGAAGAAGAUGGGCUGGAUCUAUCAAAUGAAUCCUUUUUUGCACCAAGAACAAAGCUGGUUCCUGGGCACAUCUUCAGGAUCGUCGUCAUCGUCACGGAAGCAAGGUCCGAGAACGUCCUUUCUGAUCGUCGAAAAGAACCGCAGCCUUAUCCCGCGACCGCCACUCGAAGACGACGAUGAUUCUAUUAAGGACAGGCUUUCAGAAGUUUUUGUUUUUCGUCACCUGGCUGUAUCUCACAGGAGACCUUAAACCUACUUAUUUAAUACAACCACCAAAACAAAAACGAACCUCUUUCACCUCUAAUCCAACUGCCUCCAAAAACCAUAGUGCAGUGGAGGAAACUGAGUGUAAUGUGCACACUGGUUCGCGAGAUAUUGAUUCUUUGACAAGGAAGAAUCGCUUCGACACCAAUACCAUGACAGUUGGGCACGCGCCAAGGCAAAAUGACAAGGUCUACAGAGCAAUGUACGGGACAGAGGCAUGGGUCUUCUAUCCCGGGAAAAAAGGGGGAAAGCUGUAUGAGACGCAAUGCGACGAUACGUCGAAAGAAUUUUGUUGGCAGAAGGCGAGGUACUUCGGCGUUGCUAAGCCAGAUAGUUCUUGUCAAAUGAUGCAUCAUCCGAUAUUGAAGAUAUAUUAAAGUUUACUGUAUGUUGAGCAUAUUAUUAAUCAUAUUAUGAUUAACCUAACCUAACCCAUGAUGCUGAUGAUCUAACUAAUGCGCUAAGUUAGUAGUUGUGGGAGUCCUGAGGACUUUUUCACUCCCAAAACACCCACCAGGAUACUGAAUGAGGAUCUAAAAACGAGCUCCGGCCGUGACAAAUCGAUCGCGUGCAACAUGAGGGAUGGGCAUUGCCUUCACGUUCUUUGGCGUGACGGCGGAGACCAGUUUCCCUACACAUGUCCUAGCUGUUAUGGAGGUGUCGUGUACACGAGAUGAUAAGUGAGUUGGUAAAAGAAAAGAUCUAUAUAUAAUCGCCGCUUGACGAGUUUCAUCUUUUGUGCUUCUCCUCCUGCUUGUUCUUCGAACAGCACUAAUUAGUAGUAGCUGUAACAGUGUUGGAGGAUCUUUCUAACCUCCGAUCCGCCACCCUUUUAGCUGGGUUCCUUGCAAGUCCUUCGGUCCCAGUUGGCAACCGUGUCCAGCGAAGUUCAGUCUAGUCGAGUCUGGUGACCCUGGGGGAGAGGUGGAUCUUGCGAGACUGAAAGCUGCAGAGAAUUAAGGCUUUGUCUCCUCCAGCUUCAAGGAAGAUGUCCUCCAAGGAAGAUGUGGACGUCCGAGCGUCCUCCAAGUAGAGGGAAACUACAGGUCCUUCAUCCGGAGGAUGUAUUUAUCACAGGGUCAGUAUGUAUUGGAAUGAUCUCGUCUAAGAAAAGACAGGAAAAACCUGUAAGUUCCUAGAGGAUACGCACUGCGUUUGGGUACCUGGCAGGAAAUUGCGUAACCCUGAUGAUGAAGCAGACAAAGCCUUGGAAAAGUUAUGAUUUCACAAGCUAGAACAGUAGUCGAUGUUGUAGUAGAAAAUUUUCUUCCUGAGCUGUAGCAUGCAUGCAAGAGCUGGAGUAAAUUGAGAACCACCCCCAUCUUGAUGUUGAUGUUUGCAUGUGAGUGUUAAGGUUUUUCGUUCAUUACCUGUCCGCAAAGAGAACCCCGAAGACCCAGUGACGCAGAAGGAGAAGGAAGAAGCGAAAUUAGGUGCUCCGCCACCGAAAAGGGACGAUCGAUUGACGAUUGAGAGUGAGUUUCCGAAAGAUAGCGUGCUCACAGCAGGUAAAGAAGCACCAAUGGAGGAUGAGAAUCAUGAAGAUGGAGAUAGAGAUCAUGACGAUGAAGCAGGAGAGGGCGACGACGGAGAUAACGACCAGGAAGAUGGUGAAAGCGCUUCAAAAGGCUCCUCACCACGAUCGACGUCAACGAUGCGGCACGCACCAAAAGCGCUUGUCUUCGAUGUAGCGAGUAAGUAAGGCAAUUUGACAAGUAGACACUAAUAGCUACAUAAGAGGUACCAUGACAUGACAUGACAUGAUGAAGAUGAUCCUACUCGUCUACAGUUCCAAUUUCUAGGAUGAAAUAAUCAAAGUAGAGUAACUACAGCCCAACAAAGCUCUAAGACACCGAAUAUUGGCAAUGCAUCGACAAAAUGCGGUGCCGAAAAUUUCCGGUUAGCAAUAUCCUCCAAGCUGGGAAGGAUGAUGAGACGGAAAAAAUAUGCGGACCGAAGUGCACUGGGAAGGACAUGCAAUGCUUUGUGCCAUCUAUUAUGAGCAAAUGAUAGUGCUAGUAAGGUAUGUUGUGGUUGUUAGACUUCAUAAGACCUUAUCGAUCCUGUAAAUUUUGGGAUCAAUUGACCAUGACGUCCACUUGCAUUGCUUUCUCUCAGAGAUAGAUUAAGAGUAACGGCCACCAUCUAUAGGAAUAAUGGAAUUAAGUACCCAGACCUGCUCCUAUGGUCGAUACCCCCACAACCUCCUCUAAUGGCAACAGUAAUGGCAGUAACGACCAGCCGCUCUGUGUGGAUAAGACCGGGAUCCGAGUAGUGAUUCCCUAUGAUCGAACGGGUCUGAAGGUGCAUAGUAAAGCACAACCGAUAAAACCUGGAAUGCUCUUGAAUGAUGCUGCUACAUUUUUGUAGCUCCUGCUGUUUUGAUUUCUUGAAUGAAGGAGAUGAAUUCAGGAUAGUGAUUACCAUGCUAGGUCUGUAGCGUUGGUUCUUGCUCUUCACGGCUUAGUACGUUACUGUACGCUUCUUGGAAGAAAUUCCUCGGGGCCUGGUCUCAACGCU